AGAGAGAGAGGCAGUGAGAGAGUGCAGUUGUGAAAAGGAAGAGAAAGAAGGAGAGAGUGCAGUAGAGAGUCCAACAAUAUUGGAGAGUCUUGCUUGAAAGCGUGUAGCACUUGGUCUUACAAUACACAGCUUCUUCUCCCCCUCCUUUCUAUGAUUUCGUCAUAAGAAGCUGUUUGCCGACUCUGAUACUUGCUCAAUAUUUGCCACACGCACUGAUAUUAUUCACACACUCUCACACUCACACACACGCACACACACAUACACACACACUCACACACACUCACUGCCGCUGAAGAUCAACUUGGUUUAAUUAUAACAGUCACACAAGCAUCUAAUCACACACAAAACAACAUAUAUUCACUCACAUAUAAAACUCUCACAUUAAUUUAUAUACAAAAUAAUAUUUAAAUGAUAAAAGCAAUACUCAAAAUACAAAUCUCACGAUUUUAAUUGGACACACGCGCACACAGGUAUUCAUUAAAUGCACGACAUUUAUUUCAUUUAUCAAUCGAUAAACCAUUAUUCAACAGAAUCAAUCACCAGAGUAAGUGUUUGACGUGCAAACAGACAUAUCUGGAUACUAUUGUUUCAUUGCCCGAGUUGCCUUUUUUUUUUCGCCGUCUGCCUAAGUGCCACCACGCACCAUACAUAGUACGGCCUUUCCACACAUCACAGAAAAAGCCAAACCAUGAAAACGUUGAUCGGAAUUAUAGUUCUCUUAACAGUUUGUUAUAUUCCUCUGGUAUCUUGUACCUGCAAUGAUGAGACGGUGAGCAAUGCCAAUUCCAGUUGUGCAAGUAUUCUUGAUGAUAUGGGUGAAGAGGAAAGAAAAGGUGCAGGUUCUUUCCCCAUAGUCUGUGCAUAUUUCAACGACUAUCUUAAAUGUAUGAACCUCCUCAUAAGUGAAUGUGACAAAAAGCAUCUUUUGAACUUCAAAAGCUUCAAGGAAUUUUACACACGUCCUCCUUAUAGAUGCCGAAUAACUCCUACAUACAAAGGAAGUCAACAACAUAUAGCAGCGUCUGGAUGGAUUCUUCUUUUCGGACUCGCCUACAUUUUACUACUACAAAUUGCUUGAGAUUAGUGCAUAGAUAACAAUUUUCUACUAGUGUACACUACAAUAUUUGCGUGCCAUCUUUUUAGCCGCUUGGCCAGGAGUACGGAGACUGUAUUAAAUGCUAAAGAAAAAAACGAAAAAAAGACGAAAAAAAAAAUA